CACAAUUGUCAUCUGUCAUUUUUGAUACAGUGAUCGUGAUUUCAAGAUGGUCUUGUGCGUUAUUUGUGCAUUAAUUUCCACUUGAUUUGUAAUCAAAAAUAGGUGUAGAAUAUUUGUACUUUUCCCAUAAUUUAUUUACAGAUUAAUUUCCCUUCAAAGAAAGGAUCUGCCAGGUCCCCCUUAAUUUAUUGAUUUCAGGAUGGAGGAGAAACCUGCUGUCUCCACUGCUCCUGCAGCACCCGCAGGAGCAGCGCCCCCUGAACCUGCUCAAACAGCCCCAGUACAAUGGGCUUACCCCAUGUACAAUUACGACAUGAGCAAUUACUACCACCAGUUUUACCUAAUGAACAGUUACCCCGCCUACCAAUCGGCAAUUUACCACCAGGUGCAACAACAAAUGCUCGAAAACAAACCGUCAACAACAUCAGCGGAUGCUAAUAAAUUCGUGCCUCCUCUCCCACCAGGCACUCCAUCAUCACUCCCAACUCCACACAUCUCAAAACCACCUCUUCUGAAUACUCCCAAACAAUUCACCGCCAACAACAACAACCCCAUUAGGUUCAAUCUGCCUCCCGGCAAACGCCAAAACGGCAACCUCCUCCUCCAACAGAACAACUCCCUGACAAGUGGCGCCGCCAAAAAGAAACGCAAACGUAACCGCAACAACCAAAACCAAAAUUUGCAGAAUCAGAACUUUUUCCCACUUCCUCCACUCCCGCCACCCGAACAAAACGUACCCAAACCGGCGCCGCCCCCGGAAACCAUGCCGCCGGAACCGCCACUGCCCCCGCUUCCGGACACAAGCAAGCCGCCGCCGCCUCCAGCGGAAAAACCGCCCCCGACUUCGAAUAACCCAACGGAUGAAUGGCCACCAAGUCUCAAAGACUACGUGAAUCGAUGCUAUGCCAAGUGCAAGACGAACAUUGAUAAGAAUCAAGUUGAGAUUAUUCUUAAGGGGAAAAUAACGCACGCGUAUCAGAUGGGACAGUUGCAUACGAAAGACUGGAGCAACGAACCGCUCCCGAAUAUACACAGUGAAAGACCAACACUAGUACCCAAGACAGUACCCGGAUCAUUAGCACAGUUCCAGAAUACCACAAAAAAGGGACUAUCACCAGCGAUGGGAGCGCGUUUAGGGGCGAGAGCGUCCACGCUGCGAGGUACCAGCAGGUCGUCUUCUAGGUCUAGGUCCAGGUCGCCGGCGAGGAAGAAGUCCAGGUCGAGGUCCAGGAGCCCCCGCAGGCAUCGGUCUUCAAGCAGCAGUUCAAGCGUGAGUAGCGACGAGAACUUCAAGCCAUUAGUGAAGCCCAACAACAAGAACAAAAUCAAAAGCAAACUGGCCAAUAGAUUAGGCCCAACAAAAAACAACAAAUUUACAAAUAAACAACUGAAAAAACAGAAAAUGAAAGAGAAAAAAGCACAUUUGUUAUCAUCGUUUGGUUCCGAAUUAGAAGAGAAUUCCGAAUUGUUGCUCCAAAGAGCCGCACGUUUCAAUAACAAUAAACAGAAAGAAACAAAUGGAUUAAUAAAUAAUAAAAACGUUUUCGUGAAUGAUAAGUAUGAGGACAAUAUCGCAGACUUUGACUGGACAGGAUUUCACAUAGUGGGCACGUGUCAAGACUUGGAAAAGUCCUUCCUUCGACUGACUAAAGCCCCCGAAGCAUGUGAAGUACGUCCAGUUGAAGUUCUCAAAUUGUCAUUACAGAAUGUCAAGACGAGAUGGAAACAAAAACCGGAUUAUUACUACACAUGUGAUCAACUUAAAUCAAUCAGACAAGAUCUCACAGUACAAGGAGUACGGAACGAGUUCACGGUUGAAGUUUACGAAACUCACGCGCGCAUCGCUUUAGAAAAAGGCGAUCACGAAGAGUUCAAUCAGUGUCAAACGCAACUCAAAAUGUUAUAUUCGGAAGUCGGCGGUGGAAACAAGAACGAAUUCACAGCCUACAGGAUACUGUACUAUAUUUUUACGAAGAAUACUUUGGAUAUUAUGACGAUUAUGAAGAGUCUCUCCAAGGAAGAAAAAAGUGACAAGUGUAUCGAUUUCGCGUUAAAAUUACGUACGGCAUGGUCUUUAGGAAACUUUCACAGGUUCUUUCAGCUGUAUCUUCAGGCGCCUUUAAUGGCCGGGUUCUUGGUCGAUUGGUUUAUUGAACGCGAGCGCAAACUAUAUUUAAAGUGUAUUAUUAAAAGCUAUCGUCAAAACAUAUCAGUGAACUUUAUCCAGCAAGAGUUGGCGUUCCCAGCGCUGGAGGAAACUUUAAAAUUUCUUGAACCGUUCAGUUUGAGCUUCACGGAUCUUAGCAAGAGUCAUAUUGAUUGUAAAACCAGUAUGGCGUCUCUUCCAAAUAUAUGAAUCUGUUUCGUUGGUUGAAGGGGUGAUUGAUCUUCAGUUUGUGAACCACAGACUCUGUGCCACAAUUGUCUUUAAGUUUUCCAAAUAUAAUACAAUAAGGUGGUCCAAUAAGUCUUCUAACAGUUCUUGUCUGUGGUUGCUUGAUUUUCAAUGCGAGGUGAAUAAGUUUUGAAGUUUUCCUUCUUUGGUGGUGUUUCUGUGAUAUGAGGAGCCACAAGUAUUUAAAAGUCUCAUGUAUAUAAUUGUACAUAUAAACAAUUUUUAGAUAAUAAAUAAAGUGAUCAUUUUUCA